CAGAGAGCCGCCCUGCGCCCGCCCCCCGCCGGGCUGCGCAAGGUGGUGCUGGCGACCAACAUCGCUGAGACGUCGCUGACGAUUGAGGACGUUGUGGCGGUGGUGGAUACGGGGAGGCACAAGGAGAGGAGGUUCAACCCCUCCCGCUGCAUGUCCCUACUGGUGGAGGACUGGGUGAGCGCCGCAUCCGCACAGCAGCGGGCGGGGCGGGCGGGGCGCGUGCGGCCGGGUGUGUGUUUCGCCACCUACACGCGGCACCGCUUCGAGGGCGGGCUGCGGCGGUUCGCGGCGCCGGAGAUCACCCGCGUGCCGCUGGAGGAGCUGGUGCUGCAGAUCCUGCUGAUGGGUCUGGGUCCGGUGUCCGAGUUCCUGUCUCGGGUGUUGGAGCCGCCGCAGCCCCGAGCGGUGGCAGCGGCGCUGGAGGUGCUGCGGCAGGUGGGGGCGCUGGAGGUGCAACAGGGGGGAGCAGGAGGAGGAGGAGGAGGGGGAGGAGGGCAGGCGGCGCAAGGAGGUCAGGCGGCGGCCGCUGCUGCUACCCCAGACGCCGCCGCAGCGGCUCCUGCCCCGUCAGCGCCCCCCCUGCCCUGGACCCGCGGCCUAACCAACCCCAGCAGCCCCACCACCACGUGUCGUGAGGUGCUGAGUGCGCUGGGUCGGCAGUUGGCUCUGCUGCCUGUGUCUCCCCGGCUGGGCAAGCUGCUGGUGGUGGGAGCGCUGCUGGGCUGCCUGGGGCCGGCGGCGACCAUUGCGGCGGCCAUGAGCCACAAGUCCCCCUUCCUGGCCCCCACCGAGGAGCGAGCCGAGGCGGAGCGGGCUCGUCGCGCGCUGGCGACCCACGGGUCACCCGGGCUGGCGGGCGGGCAGCAGAGCGACCACCUGCUGCUGGUUGCGGCGUACGACAUGUGGAGGCUUGCCUGCAAGGCGGGACCCAAGGCUGCCGCCGCCGCCGCCCGGCGCCACUUCCUGCACCUGCCCACCCUGGAGCAGCUGGCGGAGAUGCGCUGCCAGCUGGCGGCAAUGCUGGCGGAGGCGAGGCUGGUGCAGCCGGGGGGAGGGG